AGCUGACUCAUGAUCUUGAAGUGAAGGAAUCGGAAGCUAGCCAGCAAGACAUAAUAGACCAGGAAUUGGAAGAAAAGUGCAAGAUCAUGGAAGCCCAGUUGAAGGAGAAAGAGAAGGACAAUCUAGAAUUGCACAAGGAGCUGAGGCAUAAAGAGAGCUUGGUAGCAGCCCUCCGAUCCAACCUGAGGAACAAAGAGAGAAAGUUCUUAGAAGAGCUCAAGAGGAGAAGCCACCGAGUUACUGUCCUCAACACGGAGCUGCAGAAGCAGACUGAGGCUGCUGCUUACCUCUCCUUCCAGCUUCAUUCAACCAAACAAAAACUUCAUAGUUCCCGGCAGAGAAGCACACCCCUGCCUGAGAGACCCCCAGAGAAAACGUCCAUCCCACAAGCCAGCGCUGAGGCUAGGCCCAAAAAACGGACUCAGAAGUCCCACGCCCGUAGGCAGGCAAGCAGCACCUUCCACAGCAAAGGCGCCUUCAAAGAUGUUAUGGCUCGUGAGAGGCUAAGCAGUUUUGAAGAAGUCGAACCCAUGCCUGACCCAGCUCUUUUUUUAUACACCAAACGAUACCACCCUCCAUUCCGUCAUCAGAAAUCAGAGCAGGGCACAUCAGGUUUGUCCACCAAGGAAGGCUCUGAGCAGAGUGACCCGAAGGGCAGUUGGAAAGAAUCUUUUCAGCAGCUUGUUGAAGAACCUACAGGAAAUGUGAGUAACAUCAGAACUUUGGGUCAACGUCGCUCAUCUUCCAAAGGGGAACCGCAGAAGCAAAAUAGCACUAGUGCUCACCCUUCAAAAAACUUUGAAUAA